AUGGACUCCGUUACAAGAAGAGCGGCCCUUGUGGCGCUCCUCCUUUGCAUCACAACAACCACGGCCCACGAACAUCAUAUGGACAACAUAAAACAAGGCAACGUCGUUUCCGACGACCCCAUGGACUCAAUUCUAUGGAUACACAUUUUGAUCCAGACGCUCGCAUGGGGCCUCAUCUUCCCCACGGGCAUGGUAUUGGGCAUAAUACGAUCGAAAUGGCACGUCCCUGUACAAACGACCGGCUCACUCCUCGCAAUCGUCGGAUACUUCCUCGGACAUAAGCACAAGGGCAGACAGUUCACCAAGAACAUCCACGCGCAAUUCGUUCCCUUCAUCAUGCUCAUGUUGAUUUCCCAGAUUGCCAUGGGCAUCUACCUGAAGCUUCACCUCGAAAAGGGAAUCAACGGCAAGAUCCGGCGCAUUGUCGUCAAGGCGCAUGGCAUUGUCGGCAAGGCCAUGCCAGUAGUAACAUGGGUGCAAUUCCUCUUCGGAGGUAUCACAGCCAUGGGCUUCUGCCAUGCCGACCACACUGGACAAUGUUUGGCGCACUUCAUCAUGGGCAGCGCCUUCAUCGCAUAUGGCAUUAUCCUUUUGAUCCUGCUUCUGGUCGGACAAAUGUGGUUGCGAAGGACCGGACGGAGCCAAGAGUUCUUCGACUCGCUCGUCAUUGCUGCGUGGGGUUGCGUCAACACCUUUACCGAACACCGCUGGGGAGGACCUUGGGGGCACAAUGACCUUCAGCACACAUCCAUGGGCAUUGUAUGGUGGGCGGCAGGUCUGGUUGGUGUCUGGCUCAGUCGAAAGAGAAACGGGCAGCCGAAGCGCAACCUCAUCCCAGGCAUCGUCAUCCUCAUGACUGGCUGGGCUAUGUCAGCGCAUCCCCAACAUCUACCCCUAUCCACCAUGAUCCACACUGUCUUUGGGUAUACACUCAUGGCUGCGGGUGCUGCACGCAUCAUCGAGAUAGCUUUUGUGCUCAAGGACCGGUCGUCUGUUACGAACGAUGGGUCAGACCCGAACAGCUUCCAGUAUAUGACGCCCUUCUUGCUAAUGGCGGGCGGCUUCAUGUUCAUGGGAGCCACGGAAGAGCAAAUGCAGUUUUUGUCCGAUGCGAACGUCACACAUGUAUCCUAUGUGUUGAUCCUCUUCAGCAUCGCUUUCUUGUUAUUCUUGUUUGUCAACAUGCUUAUUCACCUAUACGCCGUAUAUACCUGGGGAGAGGAUGGCAAGGUCGAUGCGGAAGCGCCCUUUGCAGACGAAUUCGCGAAUGGCCAUGCCAAUGGACAUCCCAACGGAUACAGCCGAGUUGAGCGCACAGUAAGAGAUGCCGAAGAGUUUGAACUAGAAGGCCUCGACUCGGAUGAAGAGGAGAAUGCGGCGCUUGCGAACAAAGAGAGGUCACGUGUCGCAUUGCCUUGAUUACCUCUCAUGCCCUUCUAUACCUUUAAUUCUUUAAUAAACUUGGGCAUGCGUUCUGGCGGUUUAGCGAAUGCACUCCAGCGUCGUUGUGCUUGAGUUUUGGUGAGUACCUUUUUAUACAUGAAUAGAUAUGUUUCCUCGGUCA